AUGCCUCUCUCUAUCGACUCCUCCAGCACUGACAACACCGAUAUAAGCCCCUCAUCUCCAUGCCAAAGAGGUCCGUCACCACCGCCAGAAACACCCUCGAAGCAGCCUCUUACCUUCGACUUCCUCGGCCUACCACCUGAGCUCCGCAAUCGCAGCUACUUCUACUACACCCAGUCUUGCCUAUACCCACCCGAACAUGAAGACGUGCCCAUAGUAAUAAAUGAAGGUGACGAGCUCUGCCAGUACGCAUGCGACUUCCAGAACCGGCUCUUCAAAAUGCUCGUCAAUCGAGCAUCCUUCCAGCCUCCACUAGGGAAAGUCUGCCGCCAAAUCUCCACCGAAUUCACUCCCCUUUUCCAGAACAACACCGUACUCUGUCUCGGGCUGGUGGCCAGUGGCUCCUACGCCGCGAACUACAUGGACGUAACAAAAUACAAACCUGAAACCCCCGUCUUGUUCCGCAGAAUUCAUGUACUCUUUAUGAAUACUAUCACAGUCGAUGAGGACUACCUUUGGUUGCUACGCCGUUUGGUCGUUUCCCAUUAUGUCCAUUUUGCCAUCGACCUAGGGCCCCUCCCACCACCCACACAACCCGAAUCUAACCCCAAAUCCACCAACAUCACCCCCAACCCCACCAAACGCACCUUCACCGUCCACGCCAUAUUCAAAACCGAACAAGCACCGCCGCUCGACCGAUCCGCCGUAAACCUAACGCGCAACAUAGCCCUCUACCUCUGCCGCUUCCUCGCCGACCGCCUGGCAGAGCAGCGCGCCCUCAUCCCGCACCUGCCCGUCUUCACCGUAUCGGCCCUGGGCCUCGCCCUGGCCGCACUCGGCGAGGCCUUUGUCUACGCAGAGGACUGGGUCUCGAACAGAGAGUCGUUCCUCAAGUAUCGUGCCCGCGGUCUGUCCUCGUACGUACCCGCGUGGGAGCAGCCGGAAUUUGUACAGUCCGUCUCCUCCGGGCGCGGCGGUGGUCUGGUGGUGAAGGAAGUGCGGAGUUACAGGCCCGACUGCUACUACAACAAAAGUAUCGGAAUGAGCACAGACUGGAGAUCCGACUUUUUGUAUUCUUCUUAG